AUGUUCUACGGCUCUUCAUCUGGGACAAGCAUGUCCCUGCCCUCCAAGAGUCGCCUGAAACGCCAAAGCAGGACCUUUACACAGGUCUUGUACCGCACUUUGAGUUACCGGGACCGUGUUCCAGCAGAAAGUGGAACUACUACCCGUGGGGACAGGCGCUCUGUGACGGAGCCCGCGGAGCGACCGGCAGAUGACCCCGCUGAACUCUCCACCCAGAGCUCUGCUCCUGGGGUGCUGAAAAUCUUUGGAGACGAGAUCUGCGCCGGUGCCAACUAUAAGAGUGUCCUUGCCACCCCGCGCUCCAGUGCACAGGAAUUGGUUAAGGAGGCACUUGAACGUUAUUCCCUCAACAAAGCCUCCGCCCAAUCUUAUGUCCUCUGUGAUGUGAUUGGUCGUUUAGAAGGAGGAGGUGUUGGCGGGAUUGGAGGAGGUGGAUGGAGGACAGAGUGCUUGCGUGCAAUGGGGGACAAUGAAAAGCCAUUGUUGCUACAAGAACUGUGGAAGCCAAGAGAAGGGCAUGCACGUAGAUUUGAGCUGCGCAGGAGAGCAGAGGUGGAGGAACUCAAUGCCAAGGAUAAGGACACUGUCACUGCUGGGACCAAAACCCCCCAAUUCCUGGCGGCUCUAAUGGGUCGGUCUGGGCUUGGCAGACACAGGAGCUCCCCCCUGCGGUCUGGUCGACUGGUACAGUCCAGCUCUAAAGAUAUCAAUGCCCAGGCCCGUAAGCUCCAGAGGAAUAGGGCAAAGGGGACCUUGACCCUUCCCCGGCCCGGGACUUCAUCCCUCUGCCGCAGCCUUAGUGAGACCAGCCUUAACCAGCUGGGAGUGGGAGAGGAGCCCAAGCGUUAUUACUCCACCCUGCCAGGCCCACCGCGGACCCGGAGUGGUCGAGACCGAGACGGUGCAUCCAGCAGCCGGAGGAAAGAGGAGGCGAGCCAGGGGGGCGGAGGGGUGAGGCACUCUCUCUAUCAGUCGCCACACCUGCUGCUGCUGCAGGGAUACAACAGACAGGACUGCCUGGUGUAUCUGUUGAAUAGGGAGCAGCAUACAGUUGGCCAAGAGACUCCAUCAGCUCGCCCCAACAUCUGCCUGUCCUCUCCCGACAUCUUGCCCCUCCACUGCCACUUGCGGCGCGUUCCAGCCCCCCGUCGCCACAUCAACAACAGCAAAGUGGAGGAGUCGAUGGAGAGCCAGCGGUUUUGUGUCGCUGUGGAGCCAAUGCCCCAGGCCACAGUUCUGGUGAACUUCUCUCGCUGCGAGCGCGCCACCACUCUGCGACAUGGGGACUUACUGUCUUUUGGGGCACAUUACAUCUUCUUGUAUAAAGACCCGGCGGGAGCCAAGCCACUGCCGGCCCAGACCCUGGCACGUCUCCGUACCCUGGGGCAGCUUUACGAUGCAGGGGUGGAGGAGAGUGAGGGAUCACCACAGACCUGCAAGAUGUGUGGCUCAGUGCUGAAAGACAGAGCGGGACAGGUCUCCAGUGUUCAAGCCAUUAGACGCAGCUUCAAACCCCACCUAGUGAAACCCUGCAUCGGGGGAACGACGGCUGGAGGAUCGCUUGGUUUGGCAGGAGGGGAGGGAGGAGGAGGAGGAGGAGGAGGAGGGGGUCAGAAAAGGAGGCUUCAUCUGAACUUUGACCAGGCCCAUGAGGACCAGCUGUUGAAUAGGAUUGUCUCCCUGAUCGAACCUGGAGGAGAUGACCACAAGCUGACACCGGCCUACCUGCUGUGUCUGUGUAUACAACAUUCUGCCUCAACCUUCCCGCCUGGAAGCUUUGGAAAGCUGCUGCUCAAGAUAGUCCGACGAAUCCAAACCAUUGCAUGGGAGAAGACAAAGGAACUGGCGCAGAAGCAAGCUCAGCACCAGGACCCGGCCUCCCUAUCUCUGCUCAAUAUCUCAGACCUGGUCCCAGACCUGCAAACCAUCUUCUUCUGGAUGUCAAACUCCAUAGAAAUCCUCUACUUUAUACAACAGAGAGCACCUGCAUACACACACAGCAUAGAGACACUACAAGGGUCAAAGGAGUCAUUGUUAUCGGCAACCAUAUCAGCCAACGAGGAGGCAAUGACCAUCUUAGAAGAAGUGAUCAUGUACACUUUCCAGCAGUGUGUCUACUACAUAACCAAGUCUCUGUAUGUAGUGCUACCAGGUUUGUUAGACUGCAAUCCAUUCCCAGUGGAAAACUCCGAGCCUUGCUGGAAAGGAGGCAUAGGGUUUCCUGAACCUGUACGCAGGGUCUUGCAGGUGUUUCAGAUUGCUCAGGAGCUGUUACAGGGCUAUCAGGUUCACCCGGAGAUUCAGGCUCAGAUGUUUGCCUAUCUCUUCUUCUUCUGCAAUGUCUCACUGUUUAACCAGCUAAUGGAUAAAGGUCCAUCACGGGGUUGGUUUCAGCGCUCCAAGGUGGUCCAGAUCCAAGCAUGUGUAAGGAUGGUGAUGGAGUGGGCCAAUAGAUCAGGCCUGGGACACCUAGCCGACAAGUUCUUCAUCAAAUUUAACAGUGCAGUGUCCAUACUGGCUACACCCCCACAACAACUCAUCCAGUUGAGUUGGAGGGUGUUGUCUAGUGAGCACUCCAGUUUGAAGCCAGUCCAGCUUCACAGACUUCUAACUCAGUACCAGCUCACAGCAGAGUUAGGACCGGUCCCGACUUGGCAACCCAGCAGUGAGGACGAGGCCUAUAUAUACAGGACAGUGGACCUCCUAGAGAGCUUUGAGAACCAUCCUCCCAUUGUGCUGCCCAGUGCUGGCUUCAAAGUGGACCUGGACAGCACCUGUGUGGAGGAUAGCAUCUACCGACAGCUGCUCUACAUACGCCACUACCUGUGGGGGCUACGCACAAAGACACAAACACACAUCACUGCCCCCAGCGUGCACACGCACUCGAAUGGAACCAACACGGCUGACUGGCAGGACAAUCAGAGAGAGUUGUUGCCUCCAAACAACAGCAGUUCCCGUUCCGGAGCGCCUGGAGACGAUGUGGGGCUGGAGAUGGGGGAGGAAAGAGUGAGGGACAGGCCUUCUGGCCAAUCACACAGCAGUCUCAAACGGAACGGAACCUCCCACCAUCCUCGACCAGCAAACGCCGAUCCUUCCUGCCUUCUGACUCCUCCCACUACUCCUCUGUAUCCUGAAGGAGGGGGGGCAGCGUCAAUUAAAGGUUACAAUGGCCAUGCCAAUGGCUGCAGUAGCAGGACUGUACCAGAAUGCAAAAAGACCAAUGGACUCAUCACCAAUGGACUGGAGGGGUGUGUUAGUGGGUGUGACUUUCCUUUCCCUGUAUCCUCCCCUGGCGCCCCUCCCCUACCUGAUGACUUAUGUAUGGUGUUUGUAGUGGAACUGGACAAGGGACCGUAUGGACUGGGAAUGGGACUCAUUGAUGGUCUGCACACUCCUUUGAAUGCCCCGGGGAUCUACAUCCGGACUCUUAUCCCUGACGGCCCAGCUGCAUCCAACGGCAGACUCAGGAUAGGUGACCGCAUACUGGCUGUCAAUGGCACCAGUCUGAUAGGAGCAGACUACCAGAGUGCAGUGGACCUGAUCCGGCUAGGAGGAGGUCGGCUUCGUUUCCUGGUAGCCAAGUCUGACCUGGAGGUCUCCGAAAAAAUCAGUGCCUCCUCCUGCUAA